CGUGUGACAGCUCUGCCCUCCACCUUGUUUCCAUAUAACUCUGACUCGGUCAAACCAGUGCACUUAUUUUAAAAUCAGCAUUCAGAGCUUCAUGCAGCAUCUUCUCAAUGAAACCACAAUCUCUGUCAGGAACAAUACAGCAUCUGAAAAGACUGAAGAAAAAGUACUUGCUUCUCAUCCUUAUUCUUGGCGGCCUCUUUGGGAGCUUGCAGAAGAUGCCUCAUUUUCAGCUUCUUGGCAGUGCAAAGAAAACCAACAUCACCAUUCUUUUGUGGUACUGGCCUUUCCAAAUUCCCUACAGCCUGGAGGGCGACAUAUGCCUGAAGAAUUAUAACAUCACCGGUUGUCAGCUGGUGGACAAUCGCACAUACUAUUCCACCGCCAACAUUGUCGUCUUCCAUCAACACGAACUGAAGGCUGGCAGCCAGAAGCUUCCACACCAUCUUGCUCGACCGGUUUGGCAGAGAUGGCUCUGGCUGUCUUUGGAAGCGCCACAAAACAACGGGAAUUUAAGCCAAUACAACGGGAUCUUCAACUUGGCCAUGUCAUAUCAUCCUGAUGCAGAUGUUACAGUACCAUAUGGGAGGAUCCAAGAGAAAGAUCAGACUGAUGAUUUUGUCAUACCUAAGAAUAAGACCCAUCUUGUGUGCUGGGUUGUCAGUAACUAUAGGUAUGAUCAAAAGAGGACUAAAGUGUACCAAGAGCUUAGGAAGAUCAUCCCUGUGCAGGUGUAUGGUAAUGCUGUAAAAAGGCCCCUGAAUCAAGAUGCAUUGCUACCCACUAUUUCCCGUUGCUAUUUUUACCUUGCUUUUGAGAACGCUGUCUCUCCACACUACAUCACAGAAAAACUGUGGCGAAACGCAUUCAUGGCUGGUACAGUGCCUGUUGUAUUAGGCCCGCCACGAAGCCACUACGAGGCUGUUGCACCACCACAUUCAUUCAUCCACGUGGAGGACUUUGACUCCUUAGCCACGCUGGCCAGAUUCUUAAAAGAAGUAGCUGGAGAUGCAAAACUCUACAAGUCUUACUUCUCCUGGCAUAAAAGCUACACUGUCAAACUCUAUACCGAUUGGAGAGAGAGGCUUUGUAACAUCUGCCAGGUUUAUGACAAACUUCCUUACCAUAAAAUAUACCACAAUUUAAAAGGAAUGAUCUAGAUAGUGCCACAAUUCCUUUCAUGUACUGUUCACUUAUUUGCAGAGCCUUGGGGGGGGGGAGCGAGAGAGAAACAGUCAGAAAGUCUAGUAGUAAAGGAAUUGCAUCAAGGUAUUUCAGCUUAAGAAUAAAAUACCAAAUGCAAGAGGAAUUUCCGUAGCAACUGAAACCACAAAGCUCAUUUCCUCUUUAUCAUGCUAAUACCAGAGCGAGGUUCCCUACACAGGAUAUGCCAGUCAAACCAAACUCACUACGCAAACCAUUGGUUUCUCUCUGGCACUGAAGAAAAUCACAUCAGUACCAAGUUCAAACAUUUAGUAUGAAGUUUAAUUCAAUUCAGGAAAAAAAAAAAAAAAGUGUUCCCCUACCAACACUUAUUCAGCUAGUUAUAAAGAACCACCCCUUUCUUUAAAAAUCAUUUAUACCCAUCAAAAGUAGUAAUAUAUGAAGCACUACUUCCCCAAGAACCAAAAUCACCCCAAAUAUUUGAGCUGUCAAAAGGAAUCGUUUUAAUAGCCAACAAUCUAAGCGAGGAAAUGUACAUGUCUUUCUUGCAAAAUUGACAUCACUGCAGCUUGCAAAUAAAUUACAUCAAGUUUCACAUCAUUUACAGGGUUGUAUACAAGCAUAUUUAAUGAAGAUGUGAUAAGCAGAUAAGGCACGCAAGUCAAGAAAAAAAAAAAUUCAAAACAAAUUGUUCAACAUGUGCAAGUUACCAAAUGCAGCGUCAAAGCAGCGUUUAAUGCCCUUUCAAAAGGCCAACUUCAUUUUUACACACAAUCCGUCACUUAUCCAUAUUUGUAGUAGAUCAGUAAAAGGAUCCAGAAUAAAACGAUCAAAACCUUUGACAAAUCUUUUCUUCUUACCCACCCAUUAAUCAAAAACCCCACACAAGUUAAAAUUUUAUCUAAAAAGCCCACAAAGGGGAAGGACGAUGAAUAUAUAUUUACAGAUUGAAAAAUUGGGAAGGGGAUAAUCGGGGUGCAUUUAAAAAAACAAAAACAAACAAACAAAAAAAACAACACCCACACACAACAAACCACCAGUUUGUGCAAAUUAAUUUGAUCAAGUAAUUUAAAAUACUUCAGAACCCUCUGAUGUGAUCAGAUGAACACCACACACAGCAACAAGGUGCUCAUUUCUCAACCAGAAAGGCUCAGAUUUCAAAUAUCAUAUUUGGAACAAAGCAAGCUGAAUGCAAGAUUGUUUCAAGAGGAAGCCCAUUUUGCUUGAAACAAUUGAGCAACGUGCAAUUUCCCUUAUUGACACACUGCACCAUGCUCUAUUGCUUGAAAGGGUGUGUCGGCUAGAAGCAACCAGCUUAGCUAGAGAGAUGACCCACUAGUCCAGGAUGUAUGGCCUGUUUGAAGACCUCUGGUCGAUGAAGCUGUGGCAUAUACAGCGCUGGCAUGCUGCUGGCGUGACCGGGUCCUGGGUAACCCUGACCCGAAAGGGACGUGCCACCCAUGUGUGGAGGUGGCGUUGGGCUUUGAUCGUAGUACUGACCUUCAGCGCCCUCUUCAUCGAAGGGCAGAGCCAGCCGCUUGCCUUUCUGUCUGCGGUUACAGAACCACACGCGCACCACCUAUAAAAAAAAAAGACAAACCAUGUCACAAAAGGGGCACAGACAAAGCCAGAGCUUAAACACAAUGUUUGACAAACACCAGGUUCACAUACAUCUCUCUCCAAGCCAAGAUCAUCAGAUAUAUGCGUUAUUUCCAGAGUAUUAGGCUUGGGACACUUGAGAAAGUAGGACUCGAGGGCAGUGCGGACCGAACCCUCCAAGCUGGUCCUCCUCUUCCUUUUUCUCGUGUCGACAAAAACGCGCUCAACUUUGUACAUCUAUGAAAACAAGACAGGUUAUUGCUUAAGGAAACCAUAUGAGCAUCUGAAAGCCAUUUUACCUUUUAGGUGUUUCGCAAUCAUGGCUCCAGCCAAGCACAUUAACAUAUUCCCCCACAAUAGAAGCAGUUGGAUUCAGUGCAGACCUGUUAACUCAAGCGGGAUGACGUUAGGGAAACAAACAAAUGCAUGGCAGGGGUACUCGGGGUACUAGGACCAGGAUAAAUAAAGCAGCUUAGUUUGUGCAAAUGGCGCCCCAAUAAAUAGCAUAUGGGAAGAUCAAAACAUACAGACUACAAAAUGAAAUUGAUAGGAAGAAAACGCCACAUAUAGCAAGGCCUACUAACAUCUUGCGGGUUUUCUGAAGUUUCUGCUUCGUUCAGCCAUUUCUGGAGCAGCGGCUUGAGCUUGCACAUGUUCUUAAAACUGAGCUGAAGAGCCUCGAAGCGACAGAUGGUUGUCUGACUGAACAUCUUCCCUGUACACAGUGUUGAAAGAAAACAAAAAAAAAUCAAAUAAAAACCAUUGAUCAAAA